UUUUCUGGGUCUCCGCGGGUACUCUGCUCCGUUGCCGUGGUCUUCCAAGUCCCACCGCACCGUCGCGUCCUGAUACGAAUUGAUCAAUUUUCGCAUCACGUCCUCCCUGAAUAACCGUCUUCACAACAACGAGUUGCAAUAUGGCUCUUUAUCAGAUCAAGAACGAGCUUUCUUAUUUGAGGAGAAAACUUGAAAAUCUUGUGCAGACAACCAUUGAGGUGACCAGUUUUGGCGCAGUGGGAUGGUGGUAUCAUUGAAGACUGUUUAGGAUGUUAUCGUAAGCACUUAGUUGGAGGCAGUUCAAAAGUUUUGGGCAGAUUUCAUUUCAUGCAUGGGGUAGUCAAUGAUCGGUUUAAUGAGAUUGUAUGUGUGAAUAACACCGGGGAACGACAAUGUGUUGUGCAGCGGAUAGAAACAUAUUUUGCUGAUGUUGACACGAUCCUUGCUGAGCUUUCACUUGAUGUUGAUAAUUCAGAAGUUGACUUCUGUAAAUUUGCUUCCCUAGCUCGUGAAAUUGAGGAUAAAAGCGCAAGCAUUGGUGCUGAGCAUGUGAGGCUUGCAUGUUCUGAUCUCAUUAAAGCUGGCGAUGAAAUGAACAAAAGAGUGUUUUUUCGAUCAGUGCUCUGGGUACAACAUGAGUUUACUAGUACCAAGAAAAAGUUGGAUGCUUUUAUUCAGAUGGAGCGAAGGAUUAUCAGAAUUGAGAGGUCAAAAUCUUCAAACUAGAGUGUAUCAGUGCGAUUUUUCCCUCAGUUGGAUAAGAAUUAUGUUUUUGAACAAUGUGUGUUUUGAGCUUUUGUUGGUUGCUAAACCAUGUACCUUGUUUGCGGACAAAAACGAUGUUGAACCAUGUUACUUGUUUGCGUACAAAAAUCGUGCUUUCUUUAGGAGCACAAUCUUGACAA